CGAGCAAGUUUUGCCGUUCGUUUCGUUUUCGCAGUGAAUGUUUGUGAUUACGCUGCCAGUGGCGUGCGUAUUUGAUUUGCAAAAACGCCGUAUAUCAGAAAAGUUUUAGUGCUGUGAUUAUUAUUGUAUAUCUUUUAUAUUUUUGUACGUAUUUAGUGUGUAAGUGAAACAAGUGCGAGUUUAUUCUUUUCGCACCUCGGAACAAUUUCGCAGGAUUGUGGUAGAUGUUGUGUUCUUAGUUUUUGUGGAUUAUUCAUUAGUGACAAUGGCAGACAAUACCAAAUUAACUGAUGAGGAAAGGGCAGAAAUCCGCGAGCAGUUUUCUCAGCUGGACACAAGCGGCAACGGUUACAUCGACCUGAAGGAGCUAAAAGACGCGCUGGACAGCGUCGGUUACAAAAUACCACAAUGGAAGGUCCGGUGUAUGAUAGAAGAGUACUACGACAAUGGGCCGAAGCACGGACGCGGCGUCAACGGCAGUAUGAACGGCGACGCACGCAAAAACGGCAUGUCUCUCUCAGAGUUUGAGGAGCUUUGUGCUAACCUCAAGGCCCAGCAGGUAUCCAGUACAUUCAAACAGGCUGUCAGUAAAAAGGAAAACCUGGAACACCUGGGUGGCAUGAGCGAAGCGUCUAGUGACGGCACAACACACUCAGUUCGCCUGGAGGAGCAGAUGGCCUUCUCGGGCUGGAUCAACAGCAACCUGGAGAACGACCCCGACUUGAAGCACCUGCUGCCGAUCGACGCCGAGGGCAAGCAGCUGUACGAGAAGCUGAAGGACGGCCUCAUCCUGUGUAAAGUGAUAAACCACUCCUGCCCCGACACGAUAGACGAGCGCGCCAUCAACAAGAAGAACCUCACUCUCUACACCAAGCACGAGAACCUCACACUAGCUCUCGUUUCCUCGCAGGCCAUCGGCUGCAACAUCGUGAACAUUGACGCCCAUGACUUGGCCAAAGGCAAACCCCACUUGGUGCUGGGUCUGUUGUGGCAGAUCAUCCGCAUCGGUCUGUUCAACCAGAUCACCUUGGAGCACUGCCCUGGCCUCACCGAACUGCUUAACGAUGAGGAGCGCAUCGAGGACCUAAUGGCCCUGUCUCCGGAGGCCAUCUUGCUGCGCUGGGUGAACCACCAGCUGCAGUCGGCGGGCAUCACGCGCCGCUGCACCAACUUCCAGCAGGACGUGGCCGACUCGGAGAUCUACUCCUACCUGCUCAAGCAGAUCGCUCCUCAGGACGCCAACGUCACUCUGGACGCUCUCAGGGAACAAGACCUGCUCCGCCGUGCGGAGCUAAUGCUGCAGCAGGCCGCCAAGCUCCGCUGCCGCGCCUUCGUGUCGCCCGCCGACGUGGUGGGAGGGGUCUACAAGCUGAACCUGGCCUUCGUGGCCAACCUGUUCAACCAGCACCCGUGCCUGCAGCGCCAGAGCGAGGACGACGGACAGCUGCACCAGCUGGACGAGACCAGGGAGGAGAAGACGUAUCGCAACUGGAUGAACUCGAUGGGAGUCGCGCCGCACGUGAACUGGCUGUACGCCGACCUGACGGACGGGCUGGUCAUCUUCCAGUUGUACGACAUCAUCCGCCCCGGCAUCGUCAACUGGAAGAAGGUGCACCGACAGUUCUCAAAGCUGCGCAAGUUCAUGGAGCGUCUGGAGAACUGCAACUACGCGGUGGAGCUCGGCCGCCAGCUCGGCUUCUCGCUCGUCGGCAUCGCCGGCGCCGACAUCAACGAGGGCAACGCCACGCUCACGCUAGCGCUGAUCUGGCAACUAAUGCGCGCCUAUACCCUGUCAGUGCUGACGCGACUGGCCAACACCGGCAACCCCAUAAUUGAGAAGGAGAUCGUGCAGUGGGUGAACAACAAGCUCGCCUCGGCCGGCAAAAACUCAUCCAUCAAGAGCUUCCAGGAUGAGGUGCUCGCGGACGGUAAGGUGGUGAUUGACCUGAUCGACGCCAUCAAGCCGGGCUCCAUUAACUACGAUCUAGUGCUGCCGGGCGGGAACCAGGAGGAGAACCUGGCGAACGCGAAAUACGCGGUGUCGAUGGCCCGGCGCUGCGGCGCCCGAGUGUACGCGCUGCCCGAAGACAUCACGGAGCGGAAGCCCAAGAUGAUCAUGACCGUAUUCGCCUGCCUCAUGGCGCUAGACUACAUACCCACCAUGGACGCACCCGUACACGCGUCGCAACCAGCGGCGUUCCUCGACGACUCUUUAGAGGUCGAGAUAAUCGACCAGCCCGACGACAGUUUCGACGAACCGCCCGAGUCCUUCAUCGACCAGAACCUUGUCGAAGUUGUCGACGAGGCCGCGCCCGAGUCCUUCAUCGACCAGAACCUGGUAGAGGUAGACGAAUUUGAGGACUCCGGCCUCGAUUCGCCAAUGGACAAACCUCCGCUGCCGCCAAAGCCUUUGUUGGAUAGAUCCGCGUCUGUCAAUUCUACCACGUAUAAUUUUGCAUAG